UCAAAGUCUCACAACUCCAACAGAAAAAACAGAAUCAAAUACUUUCCAUUUCAAAGUACCCAAAAAAAAAAAAAAAACACUUUUUAUCACACUUUCUCAGAUACUACAUGGCGUUGAGCAUGACGCACCAGAUCGGAGCUCUCGCCGGAACUCCGGUUCCGCUGGAAACAGGUAAUACGAACUCAACCGAGACAACUGCGACGGUGUGCGCAGCGUCGGCGUGGAAAUCUCCGGCGUCGAGUCUCCGAUGCAAGGUCCAAAAAACGGACGCCGUGGAUUUCUCUCCAUCGCCGCCGAUGAGCCCGUGCAGAUCGCCAGUGCUCGGAUCGACGCGAGGCGAUCUCUCCGUGGCGUGCAGAGCCUUCGCGACGGAAGUAGAAGCGCUUCCGGCGAGGGGCGUAGAGUACAGUAGGGGGAGUGCGCAGGAUAAGAAGGGAGAGGGGGUGCCGGUUUACGUGAUGAUGCCGUUGGACAGCGUGACGAUGAACAACACGGUGAAUAGGAGGAAAGCGAUGAACGCGAGUUUGCAGGCGCUGAAGAGUGCCGGGGUGGAGGGGAUCAUGAUGGACGUGUGGUGGGGAUUGGUGGAGAGAGAGGCGGCUGGAUCGUACAAUUGGGGUGGGUAUGCUGAGUUGCUUGAGAUGGCUAAGAAGCACGGACUCAAAGUCCAGGCCGUCAUGUCCUUUCAUCAAUGUGGCGGAAACGUCGGGGACUCUGUCACUAUUCCUUUGCCGAAGUGGGUUGGGGAAGAGAUUAACAAAGACCCCGACCUUGCAUACACUGAUCAAUGGGGGAGGAGGAAUUGUGAAUAUCUAUCACUUGGGUGUGAUACCAUUCCAGUUCUCAAGGGACGGACACCUGUGCAGUGUUAUGCUGACUUCAUGCGUGCCUUCAGAGAUAACUUCAAACACUUGCUUGGUGACACCAUCGUGGAAAUUCAAGUGGGAAUGGGUCCAGCUGGUGAGCUUCGAUACCCUUCAUAUCCAGAGCAGAAUGGGAUAUGGAGGUUCCCAGGAAUCGGUGCCUUCCAGUGUUAUGACAAGUAUAUGCUGAGUAGCUUAAAAGCUGCUGCCGAAGUUGCUGGUAAGUCGAAAUGGGGCAGCACAGGCCCUACUGAUGCUGGCGAAUACAACAAGUGGCCAGAAGAUACCCCAUUUUUCAGAAAAGAAGGUGGAGGUUGGAAUAGUUCUUAUGGUGAAUUCUUCCUAGGCUGGUACUCCCAGAUGCUCCUAGACCAUGGCGACAGAAUACUUAUGUCAGCCAAGUCAAUCUUUGAGAAUUCGGGUGUUAAGAUUUCGGUCAAGAUUGCAGGCAUCCAUUGGCACUAUGGGACUCGUUCUCAUGCCCCUGAACUCACAGCCGGGUAUUAUAACACUCGAUUCCGAGAUGGUUACCUUCCUAUUGCCCAGAUGUUGGCACGCCAUGGAGCUAUAUUCAAUUUCACUUGCAUUGAGAUGAGAGAUCAUGAGCAACCACAGGAUGCCCUUUGUGCACCUGAGAAGCUUGUCAAGCAAGUGGCUUUAGCUACUCAGAAAGCAAAAGUCCCACUUGCUGGGGAAAAUGCAUUGCCUCGUUAUGAUGGUUGUGCGCAUGAGCAGAUCUUACAAACAUCAUCGUUGAAUUUCGAUGGGAAUUCAGGUGGAAGUGAGAUGUGUGCAUUCACUUACUUGAGGAUGAACCCACAAUUAUUCCAGGCAGAUAACUGGAGCCGGUUUGUAGGUUUUGUGAAGAAAAUGAAGGAAGGUAAGGGUGCUAACAAGUGUCGGGAACAGGUUGAGCGGGAAGCUGAGCAUUUUGUGCAUAUUACCGAGCCUUCGAUGCACGAAGCUGCUGUUGCUCUUAUGCGCUAAAAAUUUAGGUUUCACCCAUGGUUUCAGACUUUGGGGACUAGGGCAGAAGAAGUCAUACAGUGUAAAAUAAUGUCUCUACCCUGUUCGUUUUCUAUAGCUCUUUAUUUUUAUAUGCUAUGGAAAUGUAUAAUCUUGUGUCGUACGAUGGGGGAUUCUAGUGUUGGUUGUUUCAAUACCCAAAAGCUUCUUCAUUCCUCUUGACAGGAUAAUACAUGAUUACAUUUACAUAUAUUUCUCCAA